GCAAAGAUCAGUCGAGGCACGCGUGCUUGGCUUUAAACAGCUGAUUGAAAGAUGAGUAUAACGCAAAAAAUGAAUGGAAGAAUCUUAGGAUUUAUUACCGGUCUUGUAUUUUCCCUUCCUUGUCCUACGACAAUUCUAUUUCUCGCAUUUCAGUCGUGGCUUCAGCGUUGGUGAAGCCGGUUGCGUUUUGAGUUUAUUUCUGUGUCACUGGAAUCAAUUGAAAUACCGUUACAUACGCCCGUGGAACUUCUUAUUGACUCGUCCCAAAUCGUGUCGAAUCCCAGCUCCAAACGAACCAGGUAGUGCAAUGUGUGACGAAGAAUGGAACAUCUUAGGCCAUAUCCCGGAGCUGUUGGAUGAACAAAAUUGUAUUAAAAUCUCUGACUCGGAACCAGUUGUGCGAUUUGAGCAUCCAUCCGACCUCAAAGAACUGUUCGAUUUCACGAUAGACAGCACUGAACAACGCUGCCAAGACGAAAUCAUCGAAAUUAUUAAAAAAGUUCUGCAUUUCUCCGUAAAAACUGGCCAUCGCAAUUUUCACAAUCAACUGUUUGCGGGCGUUGAUCCAUAUGGACUGGCAGGGAGCUGGAUCACGGACGCGCUCAACACGAGUCAUAGAACCCCGCUAAUCCGAGUAAUCCGGGGAAGGACCACCUCAGCCAAGUAAAAUCUUGGAUUGCACAAAAUAUAUUGAGAACCCUACUCUGGUUUAGCAUACUAUCCAGGAGCAAAGCGCCGUUAAUACAUGUAUCUAGUGUAAACAUGGUGGCUCGGAUAACGCGGAAGCUCGGAUAAGCAGGGAUCUAAUAUUGAAAUUGAAUCUUGACUCUAUCAGACUAUACACAGAAAAAAAAUCUGAAUCCUAAACAGCACUGAAAUAGAAAACCUUUAUUAUUACAUGACGUGGAACGCGAUUUAUUAAUGUAAAUUUACAGAAUAAAAAAAGUUGAAUCCUUAACAGCACUGAAUUCUAAUGACACGAACAUAACUUGACACGGAACACGAUUAUUUGAUGUAAAUCUACAUCACAUAUGAUGUAAAUAAAAAGAAGCAUCACAUAUGACGGAAUUUUCAAUUCGAAUUCAAUAUUACACGUCUCAAAUAUUUUACAUGUCUUUCAUAUUUUACAGGUCUGUUGAAGUUUAUAGACGUGUAAUAUUCAACUUGCACUGAAAAUUCCAUUAUAUGUGAUGCUUUUUUUUCGUUACAUCAUAUGUGAUGUAAUAUUACAACAUUUUCGGGUCACACAAAAUUCUUAACAGCACUGAAUUAGAAAUUUCUUAAAAUUACACGACAUGGAAUUUUAUAGGACAUUGAAUUUGAAUUUAAUUAAUAUUACAAUACACUGAACGCGAUGAUGUCAUGUAAAAAUACAAACUGUCGAAAACAGGCAGACACAAAUGUCAACAAAGUGUUGCGUCAAGUCGUGCCCAACAAUAUUUUAUUGAAGAAGGUUUUCCGCGAUUAAGUUAAUCAAUCUUGCUGGUUCCUGGAGAUCUUCGAGAGGCAGGAAUAGGAAAAGGACCAUACAGAAAAAUGUAAACAAACUGUUAGGUCAAGUCGUGCACCAAAGUAUUUUGUCUAAGCCUUUUCCUCGCGCGUGAGUAAGCUUUUCGGUUUUGAUGGUUCCCGGAGAUCUUUGAGCAGCAGGGAUGCGGUUCUGGAAGUUGCUGCAUGAUACCCAAAUUUGGAUCCGGUACUUAGGGGAAGAAAAUAAUUGUGUGAAUGUGGCUCCUAAUUAAAUAAAAUUGUGAGAUGAAAAAAUUUUGCCGCUUGAUAAAAUAAAUUAUAUUUAUAAU